ACCAUGUUGAUCAAAGGAACGUUCGUUCAUACCCCCCAGCUUGGAGACCUGGAAUUUCUAGAGGAUCAUCUCCUCGCUGUCGGCAACGAUGGUUUUAUCACACACUUUCGACCCGUCGGCUCACCAGAGUCUAUCGAACUGCUUCGUGACCUCGCACCAGAGAUUACGACGAUGCCCACCGGAAGCUUUCUCUUGCCAACUUUUUGUGACCUACACCUUCAUGCACCGCAGUUUCUCUAUCAAGGCACUGGACUAGAUCUACCGCUGAUGCAAUGGCUGGACGAAUAUGCUCUCAAAGCAGAGGAGAGACUUGACGCCGAUAAAAUACUAGCAAAGCGAGUAUAUGAACGUCUCGCGCAUCGCCUCCUUCAGAACGGAACUGGAACAGUAAUGCUCUUUGGUACGAUUAAGGAGGAAACCAACUUGAUUCUCGCAGAAGCCAUGCAAUCAGCGGGGGUUCGAGCCUUUGUUGGAAAGCUUUCCAUGGACACCUCAUCCAGGCCUACAUAUGUUGAAGCAUCAGCUGAGGCAUCUCUAUCGUCUGCAAAAUCUUUUGUACACAAAUGCAGACACAUGAUGGAACAGCUGCCUCCACACCAACGUCGUAUCGAGCCGGUCUUGACACCGCGCUUCGUGCCCACUUGUUCCGACGAGUUGCUCGGAAGUCUCGGCGAUCUGUCUCGCUUGGAGUCUCUGCGAGUGCAAAGCCACCUGGCCGAAGCGCACGAUCAGGUUGAAUGGGUGAGGUCGGUACGAGGUGCUGAAGACAUUGAUAUUUUUGACCGGAACAAUCUCCUAACCCCGCGAACGGUUCAAGCGCACUGUACAUUCCUGACAAAGCCGGACUUGUCAAGGAUGGUGGCCGCGGGUUCAUCCAUUGCUCAUUGUCCACUAUCCAAUAUCUACUUCUCAACGGAGCCGUUUCCACUCCGUGAAGCACUGAGUCUUCAUGUCAAAGUGGGUUUGGGAACGGAUAUCGCGGGUGGAUACAGUUUAGAUAUCAUGAACGCGAUGCGACACGCCGUGUCCGUUUCCAGGAUACGCGAAAGUUCUCAACAUGAGAAGGACACGGAUAGCCAAGAUGCAGGAACUACACACAAGACCUUGGCUAUUGACUGGAAAGAGUCGCUAUAUCUCGCAACUCGUGGUGGGGCUGAAGCUCUUACCUUGCCGGCGAAAAGUGGCACUUUCGAAGUCGGCUCCUUCUUUGACGCACAAUUGAUUCAACUGGUCGACCCAGUCCGUCGAUUAGGCGUCGGAGCUCUUGACUUUUUCGAUCUGGAGGCGAACGGGAAUGGAGAUGUGAAACUUAACCUGGAUAUGCUUGAAAAGUGGUGGUGCAUUGGGGAUACCAAGAAUCGUGUUGGAAUGUGGGUACAAGGUGUGAAAGUGUUAUGAUCUCUUUCGGACCUUCCUGCUGCUUGAUCACCAAGAUGAAACAGUUGAAGAUUAUAUUAUAAGGACUUUGUACCAUUAUGGAUGUAACAAUGUAAUGAAGUUUGGGGAAUUGAUAAUGCUAGGGACUUGUAGGUGAAGAACCGUCACCGUGAAGUUGCAUAUCCCCGCC